GUUUACAUGUAACUAUACGCAAAAGAUUAUAUUUAAUCGCAUAGUGUCCCGAUUUUGUUUAAACGAUGUUUAACUUCCAUUAAUUAUUUUUUACGUAAUAGACGAUCGAAUAGUACAAAGAAUUACAAAAAAAUAAGAAUUACGAUUCAUUUGUGUACAUGAAUUUUGAAGCUCUUCUCUGGCGUUACUUCAGUUAGGUUAUAUCAUGAAGUGCUUUUUUAAAAAUCAUUUGAUCACAAAUAAUUUACACACUUGCGCUGUAUUAUUUCGAGAAGUGCCUCGAAAUUUGAAAGGGAAGAAGCACAGCUCGCAGUUAUGGCUGACGAGACAGUUGCAAGAUCCUUAUGUGGAGAAGGCUAAGCGGGAAAAUUAUAGAUGUAGAAGUGCGUACAAAUUGUUGGAGAUUAACGAAAGGUUUAAAAUAUUGCAGCCAGGGCAUGUUGUGAUCGAUUGCGGCGCUGCUCCUGGUAGUUGGACACAGGUUGCUGUUAAAGCGACAAAUGCAAAUGCUGUGCAAAAGGAUGGUGUUGGGAUUGUCAUUGGGAUAGACAAGCAACCUUUGUAUCCAAUUGAAAAUGCAACGUUAUUGGGUGGCAUGGACUUUACUGCUGCAGAAUCUCAGAAUGAACUUUUAAAAAUCCUAAAUGGCAAGAAGGCUGAUGUAAUUUUGUCAGAUAUGGCACCAAAUGCAACCGGCGUGAGAGAUUUGGAUCAUGAAAACAUAAUACAACUUGCAUACAGUGCUUUGAAAUUUGCUCUGCAAAUUACUAAAGGGAACGGAGUGUUUGUUUGUAAGUUAUGGGACGGUGGAAAGUCUCAACAAUUUGAGAGAGACUUGACAAGAUUUUACAAAUACGUGAAAUGCAUAAGGCCGGAAGCAACGAGAGACGAAUCUACAGAGAAGUUUCUCGUGGCUCGAGGAUUCAAAGGGAUAAAAAGUACAUCCAGUAGUACAACGUAACAUGCAGUUUCUUU